CCCUAACACGGCCCGCCCUCGUUUUUGCAAUACACCUCGUUUUGGGCUGCCGGGUUCCGGAAGGAGGGGUGACGGAGGGUGGAGAGUUACUUCGGGUUACCGUUUAACAGACUGCGAGCCGCCGCUCCUGUUGCAUCCGCAGCUCCUGGGUUUGGUAGCAAGGUGAACUCGGAGGCCGGGAAAAGCCUGAGAAGUUGUUCUGACAUGGCCCCUGUGGAGGGGGAGAGACGGGUGUGUGAUGAGACUUACACGGCCCCAGGAGAGGGAAAAGUCCAGCUGAAGCAAGAGCAGGGAGCAUUUCUUUAAUAGCAUCUUCAAGGAGCAGCUCUUCAAUUCCUUUUCCGUGAAAUGUACUAUGGAACAUGCUGGAGAGCAUGAAACAUGCCGUGUGCCGGACCAGAGGUAUUGUGUGGACAGGCGAGUGUAUAACCAAGGAACCCUCCAAGAGCAACUGCACAAGAAGGAAAAGACGUCUCUGCCUCUUGGUCAGAAGAUAGCACGUUCUUGUCGUUGUUCUUCCAAGAAAGCCAAAUCUGUUCUGUUUAGUUUUUUACCUAUUUUCACAUGGCUUCCCCGCUAUCCAGUAAAGGAAUAUUUGCUGGGAGACAUUAUCUCAGGUAUAAGCACUGGGGUCAUGCAGCUUCCUCAAGGAUUAGCUUAUGCAUUACUGGCAGCGGUACCUCCAGUAUUUGGCUUAUAUUCUUCAUUUUAUCCAGUCUUCCUGUACACUUUUUUUGGAACUUCCCGACACAUAUCAAUAGGAACUUUUGCUGUGAUCAGCCUGAUGAUUGGUGGAGUUGCAGUCAGAGAAGCCCCUGAUGAAAUGUUUGACAUUAUGAAUACCAACUCUACCAAUAGCACAGAUCUUGAAAACUCUAAAGUCAGAGAUGACAUGAGAGUGAAAGUAGCCGUCGCAGUUACCUUGCUCUCGGGGAUCAUACAGUUAUGUUUAGGACUCCUUCGAUUUGGAUUUGUUGCUAUUUAUCUUACGGAACCCCUGGUACGGGGAUUUACUACUGCUGCAGCUGUACAUGUCUUCACAUCACAAUUAAAGUAUCUGCUUGGAAUUAAGACUAAAAGGUUCAGUGGACCCCUCUCCUCUCUUUAUAGUUUAAUUGCUGUGUUUUCAAAUAUCCCAAAAACCAACAUAGCAGCUUUAGUCGUUGGACUAAUUUGCAUGGUUUUGUUGCUGAGUGGUAAAGAAAUCAAUGACCGCUUAAAGAAGAAGCUGCCAGUGCCUAUCCCUAUGGAGAUCAUUGUGGUGGUAAUUGGAACUGGUGUUUCAGCUGGAAUGAAUCUGUCAAAGACUUAUGGCGUGGAUGUUGUUGGCAAUAUCCCCACAGGAUUACGUCCUCCACAAGUACCUGAUAUCAGCCUUAUUCGAGCUGUCUUUGUGGAUGCAAUUGCAAUAGCACUUGUUGGAUUUUCCAUGACAAUCUCAAUGGCAAAAAUCUUUGCUCUUAAGCAUGGUUAUACAAUUGAUGGAAAUCAGGAACUCAUUGCGUUGGGCAUAUGUAAUUCUGCGGGAUCCUUUUUCCAGACCUUUGCUAUUACUUGCUCAAUGUCUCGGAGCCUCGUCCAGGAGGGCACUGGGGGAAAGACUCAGGUUGCUGGUACUCUGUCCUCAGUCAUGGUUUUCCUGGUCAUUGUUGCCAUUGGUUACCUCUUUGAACCACUGCCACAGGCUGUGCUUGCAGCAAUUGUAAUGGUCAAUCUUAAAGGCAUGUUCAAACAGUUUGGAGAUAUUGCUCGCUUCUGGAGGACCAGCAAGAUUGAACUGGCUAUCUGGAUUGUAGCUUUUCUGGCCUCGGUGUUUCUGGGACUAGACUAUGGCUUGCUUACUUCUAUAACUUUUGCAAUGAUCACCAUCGUGUACAGAACACAAAGUCCACAGUACAGAAUCCUUGGCCAGAUUCCUGGUACAGACAUUUACUGUGAUGUAGAAGAGUAUGAAGAGGUGCAAGAAUGCUCCGGAAUCAAAAUAUUCCAGGCAAAUGCCUCACUCUAUUUUGCUAAUAGUGAGUUAUAUAUCAAUGCACUGAAGAAAAAGACUGGUGUUGAUCCCUGCACAGUCUUAGCCACAAGGAAAAAAGUCCAGAAAAAGCAUGCCAAGCAACUAAAGUACCUUCAUGAACACAAGAAGAAAACAGUCCUGAAAGUGACGAGCGAUACAGAGAAUAGUGUGAAACAUGAAGUGAUGAAUGAUGAACUACCACUCAAUGGAAAAUUCUCAACAGCAGAGGCAACUACACAGGACUCCUCUCCUGACGAACUCAAACGUUUUAUGGAGCCAAUGACUCAUAUUCACUCAAUCAUUUUGGAUUUUUCACCCAUGAAUUUUGUGGAUUCAGUUGGAGUUAAAGCCCUAAAAUCAAUCAUAAAAGAAUAUGAAGAGAUUGGUAUUUCAUUGUUUAUAACUGGCUGCAAUGGAUCUGUUGUGGAGAAUCUUGCAAGACUACACUUCUUUGACAAAGUUACCCUAAGAGAUUUGCUGUUUCCCAGUAUUCACGAUGCUGUACUCUCCAGCCAACAGAAAGGCCUCUCGGCCUUACAGACACCUGUUGAUGUUGUCAUUACUCCUACAUUAUAAAUCGUACGAUAGUAAAUUACUGAACUUCCAAGGGCUCCUCUUAAUACUUAUUUAAUUUGCACAGAUUAUACAGAGCCUAAGACUAGCCACUUUUACGGGUAUGUGAUGUAGUAGUGGGGCAUCCUGCUUUCUGCCAGAAUGUUCUCUGAAGAAUCUAAAGCCUUAAUACUUUCAAGAUGUGUUUUUUUUUUCAAAACUGAAUUCAGGUGUGUCCUGAAAUGGUGUGUAAAUGUUUGUAUAAAAUGGAAGACCCAUAUAUUUUCCUGCAAGCAUCCUAGAACAUUUUGAAGUUUCUUUUUUUUUUGUUCAGAAAUGUGCCAGCAGAUGAGAUAUUGCACUAUGUUAAAACAAAAAGCACUGGGUGUUACAGAAACUAAUACAUAUUAUUGGGUGCCAGGGGCCUUCCCCUAGGGAUUAUGUUCAAAUGCCUCAUAAUGAGGGAAUGAGAGAUUGCUGUAAAAUGUAUUCUCGUACCAUCUACUGAUGAAUUACACUGUAUAAAUAUCUUAAUGUGUUAGCACUAACUUUCAAAGCUAGAUUUGAUGUAGUUAUUUGUUUGGAGAUCCCAUAAAGAACCAUUUUUUA